AUGGCCAGCCCCCCAGCCCCUCUCCGACUCACCCUUCUUCUGCUGGGCGCUGUGGGCAGGGCUGGCCCCCGCCCUCAGGUAUGUGCCCUGCAGGGCGGGGCCCCCAACCCCCGCGGCACCACAGUCCCUACCCUUCUCCGAAGAUUCCUUCCCCCUUUCACCAUCCCGUGGGAACCGCGGACACUGGUCGGUUUGUCCCCAGACAUCUCAGGAGCUGAGGAUAAGGAGGGCCGGGUGCUCAGGACAUCCGCCGAGUCCCGUGUUCACGCACCUACGCUAGGCCCCCAGGCUAACGGACUCUCUCCCAUGUUCUUAGCAACAUCUCCACGGGUAGAGGUUUGGCACCUGAUUGGCUAUGAGGUGAGAGAGAGGACAGGGACAACAAGCACUUCGGUCAGUGAGACGACGGGCAACAGAAGCUACUGGAGCUCCUUAAGAAGGGUAGUAAUACGGUUCUACCAUUAUGCCAAGCUGCUUCUCACUACUAUUGUUAUUACUAUUAUUAUCAUCAUUUUCUUCCCACAGGGUGCAUACAUGUCCCUUUCAGAAACAGUGCAGAAGUGGAGGGAAUAUCAACAGGAGUGUCAGCGAUUAAUACAGGAGAUACCUCUUCCAGCCACAGGAGGCAUAUUUUGCAACCGGACCUUCGAUAAAUAUGCCUGUUGGCCAGAUGGCCUCCCUGGGACCUAUGUCAAUGUCAGCUGCCCCUGGUACCUUCCUUGGGCCAACAGUGUACAUCAGGGACACGUGUAUCGAUUCUGCACCCCUGAGGGUAGGUGGCUAAAUGAGAAGAACUCCAGCCUUCCUUGGAUUGACAUGUCAGAGUGUGAGGAGAAUAAGACAGGAGAAAGGAGUCACCCAGAGGAGCAGCUUCUGUCUUUCUCCAUCGUCUACACUGUGGGCCAUGCACUGUCCUUUUCAGCCUUGGUCAUCGCCACAGCCAUACUCCUUCGAUUCAGACACCUGCACUGCACCCGCAACUACAUCCACCUGAAUCUCUUCAUGUCCUUCAUCCUCCGAGCUGUGUCGGUCUUCAUCAAGGACGAUGUGCUGAAAUGGAUGUACAGUACGGCCCCCCGAAGCCACCAGUGGGAGGGCCUCCUCUCCUACCAGGAGUCCCUGAGCUGCCGCCUGGUGUUUCUCAUGAUGCAAUACUGUGUGGCCGCCAACUACUACUGGCUUCUGGUGGAGGGCAUCUACCUGUACACCCUACUUGUGCUGUCUGUCUUCUCUGAAAGGAGGGUCUUCAGGUUCUAUGUGUGCAUCGGCUGGGGUAUUCCUCUGCUGUUUGUUAUUCCCUGGGGCAUCGUGAAGUACCUGUACGAGGAUGAGGGAUGUUGGUCCAGAAACUCUAACAUGAACUACUGGCUGAUUAUCCGGCUGCCCAUUCUCAUGGCCAUAGGAGUGAAUUUCUUCAUCUUUAUCAGAGUUAUCUGUAUCAUCAUCUCCAAACUGAAGGCCAAUUUGAUGUGCAAGACAGACACCAAGUGCAGGCUGGCCAAAUCAACCCUGACCCUCAUCCCUCUGCUGGGGACCCAUGAAGUUAUCUUUGCCUUUGUGAUGGAUGAGCAUGCCCGAGGGACCCUGCGUUACAUCAAACUUGUCUAUCAGCUCUUCUUCACAUCCUUCCAGGGACUGAUGGUGGCCAUCUUGUACUGCUUUAUUAACAAUGAGGUCCAGUUGGAGUUUCGGAAGACUUGGGAGCGCUGGCGACUAGAGCACUUGUACAACCAGAGAGAUUGCAGCAUGAAGCCCCUUAAGUGCCCAGCCAGUAGCUUGAGCAGUGGCGGCACAGUGGGGAGCAGUCUGUAUGCAGCCACCUGCCAGGCCACCUGCAGCUAA